CUGCUCCCGCCCCUCCGCGGCGUGACAGCAGCCAGCGGGCGCUAGCGAGAGGGUCGACUUUUUAAGCGUGGCCGCGGGGGAUUCCUGCCAACAGUUUCGCUUUUCAUGCUGCCGACGAGCAUAGCCGCACGGGGCUUGUUCUUCGAGAGGUCGCCUUUUCAAGUGCACGACAACGCAACGUUCGCACCGCACGUCACGUCACCGCCGUCGCCGUACCGGGACUUUACACUACUACCAUGCUGCCGGCACCGAGCCAUGUCCUAGUGCUCGCCGUUCUGGUCACUUUGGUGGACAGAGGUUCAUGCAGUGCAAAAUGGGGCUACAGUGGACCAUUCGGGCCCUACAACUGGGCGAACGUUGACACGAGUCCCAAUGUGAACCAGUGCGGGGACAAGCAUCAGUCACCCGUGGACCUGGACGACCGCUACGCGGAGUACGACUCUGGGCUGGCCGAGAUCAACUUCAACGGUUACGACCAAGAACUGUACAACCCGUACAUCGUCAACAAUGGACACACAGUGCAAAUCUCGGCGACGGAGGACUCGAACCGGUUCAUCGAGGGCGCUCGUCUGCCGGGCCGCUUCCAGUUCGCCCAGUUCCAUCUUCACUGGGGCGCGAACUCGAGCAGAGGGUCCGAGCACACGGUCCGUGGGUUCCAGUACCCGCUCGAGCUUCACUUUGUGCAUUUCAACGCCAAAUACGGCUCCGCUGCUGAAUCCAUGAAAUACGAAGACGGACUCGCUGUCGUAGCUGUCUACUUUGAGGUGAGCCCGACGGCUAACGAGGACUUGAGCGUCGUCGUGGACGCCCUCAAGGAAGUGCGGCUCAGCGACGAGAAGGGCUUCAACAUGCCGAGCCCCGUGGUGCUGAACCGAUUCCUGCCGCGCAUCACGCGCAGCUACUACCGCUACCAGGGCUCGCUGACCACGCCCCCGUGCUCGCAGGCCGUCACCUUCCUCGUGAUGACCACCACGGUGCCAAUCAGCGAGGAGCAGCUGCAGCAGUUCCGGCUCCUGCGCAUGGGCAAGGACGAGAACUCGUCGUUGCUGGUGGACAACUUCCGGCCCACGUUCCCGCUGAACGGUCGACGCGUGUUCAAGAGCUUCCCGUCGUCGGCCCCGGGCCUGGGACCCGAGGGUUUCCCUUCGCUCCAGGACGCCGACGACUCGUACAACAUCUUCCGCGAGUCCGGCUUCGACGACCGAUUCAAGGAACUGGCUUCGGUGGAGUCUCUGGCCCAGGGCGUGGGUGAGGUGGUCCGUCGCUGCAACUACGUGCGCUCCUUCGUCGACUGGCCGAGGCACAGCCGCGUGUGCGCGCCGAUCUGGAACGCCUUCCAGGACCCGCUAGGCCUAACGACGACGACGACGCACCUGCCCCAGCCGUUGAUACUGCCGCCGUCCUUCUACGAGAGCCCGGUCACCGGAUAUUACCAGCUGAUUGCGUUCGGAAGGAAAAGGAGGAAGUAAACCCCGCCCAGCAAAAGUCGACCGUCUUCCCCACGUCACCGACUGCACCCUCAUGCAAAACGUUUAGCUGAUUUUCAUUUUGCACAGUGUUUUUCUUUCGUAUUCUUUUACUUCUUGUACUAUUUUGAGCCCGUACAGUACGGUGCAUUGUCAAGGGAGAUCCUUAGUUUGUAUGCUGCCAUCGCUUAUCUCUGAGGCAUAAGUGCUAAAGCUCCGCGGUGCGCAUAAGUGCCCGCCUGUCUAACCGGUAUAUAAGACACUAUAAGGAAGGUUUUACAGACGUGUAGCGUUCACUUAGCUAGGUGGUCCCCUUAAGAUGUGACCGUACUGUACACAGCAGCACAACAGCGCUGCAUUUGAUCAAGCCUUUCACUAGAACUCCUCGUGCCAUUUCACGCAUACAAAUGUGUUCUGUCGGUUGAUAUCUAAUUGCAUGUGCACUGUGCCACCAUUAGUGAGUUCUGAGGCUCAUGUUCGUUAGCCGCUGCUCAUGAACAGGUGUAAAUACUGUUGAAGCAUCGCAAGGUGUCGUGUAUGGUAAUCUUCUGGUGUGCUGUUUUGUUUACCUCUUAUGGAAACAUUCUCUUGCGGGAUUGUGUUUCAUGUCAUUAUGUGCUCAAGUGCCAACAUUAUUGAUGCGAAGAAAACGGAAAAGAAAAUAUCAGAGAAAGGAGAUAGACAUGACUUGUGCCUACCAAGUCCGCAGCUUCGGAAGCUUUUCGUUUUGUAUUGGAAAAAGGUGCGGAUGGAAAAAAGGCGUCGUUCCGGGCGGACGGAAAGCGAAGGGGCUCACGAUGCUUGCAGCGAAUCUCAUUCCAGAAUGCUUAUAUGUAUACAGAUCGUUGCCUUGAUUGGCCACUUGUUAUGCGUUCCUGUGUAAAGCUGCGGCUUUAGCUUCUAGCUACGCCUUUUGUUGUCCAAGAAACGAAAAAAAGAGAGAGAGAGAGAGAGAGAGAGAGAGAGAAAUAAAUGUCAUGAAGGCUUCGCUUGGCUGUGCAACUGAAGUGAUUGUACCUGUAUUUAAAUCAAUACGACCGCACCUAGUCCGUUGAGAAAGUUUGAAAUUGAGUGCAAUCGUCCGUUAUCGUUAAAUGUAGAUAACAGUAAAGGGAAAGUGACCUUCCAGGUGAACACCUUACCAGAUGUACAAUAUAUCCAGGCAAGAAACUACAAGUAGGUACAAGCUCCAGACGGGUUGACCACCACCUGCAACAUUCACAUGUGUGCCGGCCCCACUUGUGGUUAGCUUUAGUAACCAACCUUCGACUGUAGCGUAACGGGCAACUCAACGCUUCUUUGAACGGAAGCGAAAAGCUUCUUGUUCCCAUACGCCUAUUCUUUUUAACCUGCAACUGUUACCACACAAGCCGAAUUCAAUUCUGAAAGUUCAUAUGAUGUCCUUUUCUUUCUUUCGGAUUCUCAUGCGCUCGUGAUUGCAUAGCUAUAUAAUUUAAGCACGUCAGCAAUGUAAUGUCCCUGAUUUGUUCCCUGCGAAAUGAGACAUCAAGCCGUAACUGAUUCUAGUUUGGUUCGGCUAACUGCUUUUAGGUGGUCAGUUGACUCUUACUGCCCAGGAGCACCUGAUGAAAGUGCACCCAACAAGAAGUGAUGAAUAUGCGUAAUUUAGUUCCUCUUUUUUUUUCCGUCCUCCAGUACGCAGCAGUGAGGCCUGAUGAAUAUCUUAAGUGCAUCCGUGAAAGAUACACUUAGAAGUGAAUUUUGCUGCUCCGAUAACAUUUACUUGUACCAGGCCUUACGCUACAAUUUUCUCCUUCGUUGUGCUAAUUCUCGGUACACAGUGAAGAUGUUACUUCGACGUCAGCUGGUUUUGCAUAAAAGUACAGGAAGAACCUCAGGCGUAAAGUUAGGAUACUGCAAUACGCCGCACUGUCGUGUCCUUUGUCCAGGGGGGCGGUGUAUUAAUUCUCAUUUCUCAUAUUCUGCUCUCUCUGAUACUGUUACAUUUGCCUCGGACAUUCCAGUGUGAAUUCUUAUUUGUGUUCUGCCUAGGCGUAUCAUGGCUGAGCCAACCAAAAUUUGUACCUGCGAGAUGCGGUGUCCUAGAAUUGGUGGUCACAUAAAGUUACUGUGUUCUUACCUUACCUGAAGUUACCUGAGAUUGAUCUAAAUGCUCAAUUUUCUUGAUUUUGACUAUUACGGAUCUCACUUUGUCCUCUUCUUAUUAUUUCUUAUUUUGGAUAAUAUAUAUUUUUUUCGUCAAGCAAAUAGUUAUGCACAGACAAAAAGCGAUACUUAUUCGUGUCACAUUUGUUCACUAUCAAAUUGCUCAAUACUCGUGAUCACAUCGAUGACCAAUUCAGCAGCCAAAUUCAACCGAACGACCCGUCGUUGUUGUACCUCGUCGUCUUUACACUGCGUUCUGGUCUGGGAGGGGGUGGGGAAGAGCGGGGAGGGGUGGGGGGCUGCGGUAACACUUUGACCCCCCCUCCCCUAAUGCCCUAAUGGAGAAGCCUGCGCGCGCCUCUGCGCCUGCACGAAAAUGCGAUCACGUGGUGCUUGUAGGGGAAACGCAUAUGGGAAGGAGGCAUUUCAUUCCAGUUUCAACACUAGUAAUACCGGCUUAAUUCCAAUAAUUCCAAUCCUGAAUACUUGAACACCAUACCAGCCCAAUUCUGUUUUGUAUGCGUCUGGGAAGAGGAAUAUAAUUCUGGAAUCAUUCCAAUUCUGGCAUGAGCACUCCGUAACCGUAGUCGCACACAUUACUUCAAGGCUUACAAGUUCGUAGAGGUUGAGGUAAUGUUGAAUCCCUCGUUAUGAAGUAUAGUCGCCGAAGGGCAUUCUUCCAUAAGGCAUUAAGUUAAAAGGACAUUCCUGUGAUAUUCCUUAGCGCCAUAUAUAGAUGAAGGACACAAAGCGCACACUACCGUCAUAAAUGUUCAGGAUACCUGGUCCCACCUUUUUUUUUUCUGGCUCCACUCCCCCAGUCCGUGGUCCCAACUGUAUUUUUGGGCUCUGCCUCCAUAGUCGAUCUGAUGUUGAAACUAUUAAGGACAUACAUUUUAUACAUCUCUCGCAAUCAAAGGUGCCACGAAUCAAAGCAAAGGUGCCACAUAAGAGCGUUUCAUAAAAGUACAAACAACAACUCUGUGAUACUACAGUUCCAAGACAACAAGAAUAAAUCCGCUUACGUGGCUUAAAAUAUAGUUUUUCCGCAAUUAUUUUAUGCUGGUCUUCUACGUAGCAUUUAGUAAAACUUAUUUGUUGCAAUGCCAUUGAAGCUGUGCAUGCAAAAUGCUUCAUUUUGUUGUUGCGCGUAGCGUUUCAAGUGCCAUGUUUUCUUUUUUUGCAUUCCAAGCAUGACUUUAUAUAAACAGCCAAAUAUUGCGCCAUGCAUGCCUGCUGUCAAAAGUCCUCGCCAUAUAUGUGCCAUCUAACCGUGCCAUGCUUCGUCUGCACUUUAUACGAGUGUAAUAGUGUGCAAUAAAAAAUCUCGUGAAGGCAAAUAAACUUGAUUGCUUGUACCCAUGCUCGCCUU